AUGGUCUUGUUCCGGCUCUUUCGCUUGCUCCGCAUGUUGCUCCUCUCUGUGCCUUCUUUUCCUGCUCUCCCCUCCUCUGGUCGACUCAAGAUCAUUGCGUGUUGCUCGCUCUGUGCCUCCUUUCCAUUCCCUCCUCUCCCCCUCAUCUCCCUGUAUCUCCCUUCCCCCGUUCUUUCUUUGCCUCCUUUCCCCCGUGCUCUCUCUGUCCCCUUUCCCCCGUGCCCUCUCUCUCUGUCCCCUUUCCCCCGUGCCCUCUCUCUCUGUCCCCUUUCCCCCGUGCCCUCUCUCUCUGUCCACUUUCCCCCGUGCCCUCUCUCUCUGUCCCCUUUCCCCCGUGCCCUCUCUCUCUGUCCCCUUUCCCCCAUGCCCUCUCUCUCUGUCCCCUUUCCCCUGCAGCAACUUGCACUACAGCCAGCUCUCUAG